CUUUGACAUUACAUUUGUUAAGUAAAGUUAAUUUUCCCUCCAGCUCCAGUCAGCAAUCACCUUUACAGAACAUAAACACCCACCAAUGGAGGCAUGUGGUAAGGUUGAUGAAUCCACAUUUUAAUCCCAAAAGACAGAAUCUGAUGUGUCUGAUUCUGCACCCAUCUAUGGCCAGGCCUCCAUACACAACACUUGGGGAAGGUCUUCUGUUUUGUUUUGAUACAGAGACCCCUUGCAGUAGACAUACACAUUGUGCAUUGCAGGCUAACUAAUGCUACCAGCACAAAGUAGUUAGGUACCCGCUCAGUUUACAUUACAGACAUGAUUUUUUAAAAGCAUUGCUGCAAUAUAUUCUAAAACACAGGCUACAGGAUGUUGGGUGGGACUCUGGCUCUCUGUAGUAAUUUCACCUUUUCUUAACGAUGUUCCGCAAGUACUGCAAACUAAGGAGUUGUAGUAUUGAUAGGACGUGUUUUGUUAGGUCUCUGGAACACAGCAACCUUCCUCUUCUUGUUCCAGUUUUUUCACAGGCGGUUACAUGAAUCUCUGUGUACUGAGCUCACCUGUUCAUAAUUCUUCAUACAGAUAUUUUAUGAGAUGUGUUUUGGUUCCAUCACAAGAAAUCCCUAUCUCAGAAUAUGACCUAAAAACAAUCUAUCAUUACAAUAUGAAUCAUUAUUGUGUCAUCACAACAAAGGCAGUCACAGGUCUUUACUUGAUGAACUGUAUUUGGCUCUCAUUGAGAUCAAACCUUCUGUGCUCUCUUGACCCCUUCCCCAGCUGGCAUAAAUCUAGAGGUCAUCCUGGAGUGAAAUGCAUUUUUCUUUUUCAAAUCAUAAGAUGUUAAUGUACCACAUGUGAAAACGGGCUUAAAAACACAGAUAUUUAGUCAUCAUUGAGUGUGUGAAUUCAGAAUUUGUGAAAUUUGAAAGAUGUGGAUUUAAUUGAAUGUAUUUUGUGUUAAAGCAACAAAAAGCUAUCAACAUGUUUCCAUAGAAAUUUGUGUUAACAACUGUGAAAAAAACAGCAACAGAUGGAAGCUCCUGUAAAUUCUGAGCCUUUGACUUAGUUCGAGAAACUCAUUGUCCCACACAAUCUAACAGCACACAUGACGUUCUGCAACAAGUCGGGAAUAAACAGGUUUCUCUUUCCUCUAGUAAAAGCAUGUGAGAACUGACAAACUCGCACUGAUUUUUAUUUUCAGCUCAUAUCAUUUGGUUUGCUCUUGCUGUCAGCUUUUGGUACCAGGUUUCGAAAGUGAGUCAGUGAAGCAGGUUGUGUAUCGCAGGCUUUACAUUCACCAUUAAAAUGUUACACUGUCUGAAAGAUUUAUUGUAAAUAACUUUUUUUCUAAUAUAAAAAGAUGGUGGAACAAGUGGAACAAAUGAGAAAUAUUCAUUCAUUCAUUACCAUGGAAAUAUUCUUCUAAUAUUCAUGUGUUUCGUGGUUUUUCAGGGUUUUGGUGUUAUCAGGUUAGCUGAAAAGCUGUUGCUCUGUCUCAUCUGAAUGAUCUGCUCUUUCCUUUGUUUUGGUACUCAUCAGGCUAACAGUUUGUCAAAAAAAAAAAAAAAAAAGAGGCCAUCUUAAAACCCUUCCAGUGUUGCAAGGGCCUUUAUCACUAUCCCUUUUUUGGUAGGCUUCAGAUGUAUACAGCUGAAGGAACACACACAUGUACCGUGAGUGAAGCAGGUUGUGCUAGCUCAUAGGUAUAAAAGGAGUGGAAAGAUGCACAUGGGUGACUAAUGCAGUUGUAUGUUGUUGUAUUUUUUGUUCCACAAAUCAGUAUUUCAGGACAUUGUCUUCGACAGGAUAAAGUUGGAUGACUUGGUUGGUAGGGGAGGAGUUACAUAUCAGAGGUCAGCACUUGAAUAUAAAGGCUAUUAGAUUUUCUGCUUCUCCUGUAGACACACUAUUCAGAUAAGAGACUGAUUUAAUUUAUGACUACAAGUGAGACAUACUGAAGCAAAAACUGACAGACUGUAGUACUAAAAACUACACAUCUGUGCAGAACAUCACAAUUCAAAGCAGCUGCUCUGUAGAUCAUUUGGCUACUAUGAUUAGUAGACUUAGUACAAGGACUACUAGUACUAGAAGAAGUAGUAUUAAUAAAUGUAUUAUAGUAUUUUUGCCUACUUUCAACCUCUGUGGUUUAGUGCUAAGAGCAGCGUUUACUCAAACAAUUAAUUUUGGUGUUUGAUGAAAUGACAACCAGUCGUCUAACCUAAACGUCUUUGCAUCCAAAUAUUUUUCACCAAAUGGGCAUAUGUCAGCAUAUGCAUUGUGGCAGUACUGUAGGGAUGACUGUAUAUAUGACCUUGACAAAAUAAUAACAAAAUGACAUUUUUGGUAAAUAAUCAUCAGUAAUGUGGAUAUGACUACUAAGUGUGUAAAGACAAGGAUUAGUACAAGUAGAACAGUCUGGUAAGUUCAGAAAAAAGUCUACUGUAAUGCAGCCCUAUAUAUCGUGAUAUGAUUUAUGUCACAUCAUGACAUGAUGAUAUCCAAAAUCUAAGACGAUAUACUGUCCCUUUUCAUGAUAACAAUAUAAUAACAAUAUACAGUGUCUUCUAUACCCAGUGAUUCUGAAAACGUGCACCAUUUCAAUUCCUGUCAUGCAAAUAGGUUGCUAGCCUUUACAUUUUACAUUUAGUUUUUAUAAUUUGUUAUUACAACAAAAAAAUCCAUGAAAUGUGUGUGUAUGGCCUUAUCACUGAAGGUGGAUUUGAUUUAACCUUAACUAACUUUCUAGGUCUGAUCAAAUGGAAAAAGGGAUGAAGAAAGGAGGGGAGAAGGAAAGGAGACAAGGAGGCUGCGACACAGUGUUGUGUCGCGGCCCGCUGUAUUCCUUCGCCUGUGUUCACCUCCAUUCACACAGUAAAUAAAAGCAUGGAGGCUUCGACUCUCGGGAUCUAGCAGCAAGCAGCGGGGGGUAAAGACACUGCCGCAUGCGCUCUCCCUUUCACCAAACCCCACAGGAAGGAAGCAGGACAGCGUCAAUCUCUUUGCCACCUGGACUGAAGUCAUUUUCCGAGGAAGAGAGGACUGAAGUCGGCGACAGGAGCGGGGCAGCCCGCCGUGCUGAGCAUGAAGCGGGCGGCUGUAGUGGCCAGGCACAAUGGCCUCGUCUCUCCGCUGGGGAACAACAACUCUGGGGCUUCGAGCAUCGUCUCACCGCCCCACUCGAGAGCCAUUAGUAUCCCCGCUUGUACCGACAGCGGUGCCGGCGCUGGAAUGGACGGCCUGCUGGAUUUCUCCAAAGGCCCCACCGUCAAAACCGAGCUCGUCUGCAAAUGGAUUGACCGAACUUCUUCGAGACAGAGGCUUGGGCGGACGGCGACAUCCGUCUGCGACCAAACUUUCAGCUCUAUGCACGAGCUGGUGGACCACGUCACCACCGAGCAUGUUGCAGCGGGGCUGGAGAGCCUCAGUCAUGUCUGCAUGUGGGACGAGUGUAUGCGCGGCGGGAAGGCGUUCAAAGCCAAAUACAAACUCAUCAACCACAUCCGCGUGCACACCGGGGAGAAGCCUUUUUCAUGCGCAUUUCCCAACUGCGGCAAGAUGUUCGCACGCUCCGAGAACCUCAAGAUCCACACGCGCACGCACACUGGCGAGAAGCCAUUCCAGUGUGAGUUCUGCGAGCGACGCUUUGCCAACAGCAGCGACCGGAAGAAGCACUCGCAGGUCCACACAGCCUCCAAGCCCUACGACUGCAAGGCCAUGGGCUGCACCAAAUCUUACACCCACCCAAGCUCCCUACGCAAACACAUGAAGGUUCACGUCAAAUCGUCACCUACCUCUGAACCCCAGGAUGCGUACGACGCCAUUGCUCAUCAACUCCAACAACCUCAUCAGGCUCUUAUUGAGCCCCUAGACCUUAAAAUAAACCGCCACUCUCCAUCACCUGCCAACAAAAUUGCUAAUUUUCCUCAUUUGUCCAGUCACGGGUUGGAUAUCAGCUCAGCCAGCGAAGUGGACCAUAAGCUGCUGCUGCGGAGUUCGUCUCCGAUGACGAUGCCUCUGGAUCUCUCUCUGUCAGGCCUGAAGAGUCAGCUGGCCCAGAAGCAGCAGAGCGGCAGGACCCCGCGGAGGAGCCAGCGCUCAGUCAACCCAGCCUUACCUCAGUUAUCUAACAUUAAGGAGUGGUAUGUGUGUACCAGGACUACAGCACCACACUUUCCUCUACUCCACCCGGACCACAUCAAAUCAGAACCUAGUGAUGAUGAGGAGUACAUCACGUAGGAUGGAGGGUCUGGUGGAUUUGGACCCAGGUCAGGCCAGGAGAAGCUCUGUGGAAUCAUAGUUGCUGUAUUUUUCCAGAACCACCAGUUGUAUGGUUUGAUAUCAGUGGCCCUUCUAAGAUGGAGAAGGCUGUGAUAAGAGUGGAGGUUUCACUCCAUCUCAAAUACAGAAACUCAGCGUAGACAUUGUCACUGUCUGUGGACCAAAUGGGGCGGCUUACAUCUUCAGAAGGGACAAGAGGAACCAUCAAUACGGUUAUCAAACAAAAUGUUUGACCGAAAACUGCAAGUUAUCUAAACAGUGUUAGAUACCUAACUUGAACUAACAAAGGGAAAAUGUUGUACAAAUGGACCAGGGAAUGUUGGAGACAGCUCUGCCUGCUGUUGAAGAGUAUGAAGAUGGUGUGUGUACAUGAUGACCUUCUAGGGAGACACAUUAUUGACCCAUUUAUCUAAAAAGCUCCAUCUAGACAAAGCUAUUUCAAGGGCUAAACUGAUGGAAAGUGUUUAAUGAUGACCUGAGCUUACCAUAGCACUGUACAUCUGGUAACAUGGCAGGUCCAAAACAGCAGGCAUAUAGGGUGGAGGAAAUUGUGGGCCCAUUGAGGAGCAAUUUAAACAGAAUUUAAAAAUCAGUCAUUUUCUCCUCAUCCUCAUGCAGAUGGAAAGUUGGGUGAAGUUUUGUAGACCGCAAAACAUUUCUGGAGCUUCAACACAGAAUCAGUGUUGCAGCAUUCUCCUAUACAACUGAAGUAGAUGGGGACAUAGAUAUGGAACAACAACUAUGGAAAAAAAUAUAUAAAAUGACUCCAUACAGCUCACCUGGGAUCAUCCACGUCUUCAGAAGCUCCCACAACCCCAAGUUAAAUUGAAAAUAUUUUAUUUACACUGUUUUUUGAGCUGGAACUUUACUGUUGCUGCUAAGCUCAAAAGCAUUAGCAUGCACUCUGUCUGAAGUGGGUGCUUGAGCUCAACCAUGUGUUUAGGGUGUAAAUAACAUAUUUAACAUUAUUUGGGGUCUCUGGACUUUUAUUAGACCAGAAGAGCUGUAUGGAGUGUAUUUCACCUGACUUUCCAUCAGCAUCGAGAAGAUAAACACAGAAUUUUCAUUUUCGGGUGAAAUUAUCCUUUAAGUCCUCAGUAUGCUUUAAAUGAAAUAGUUUAUACAAUGUCUGCAAGCUAUAAAAGUAGUUGAAAACAGGCGAUUCUGCUGCGAGGAAUGUGUUUUCAGAUGCUGUCAGGCGAUUCGAUAAGCACUUUGUUUGAAGCAAACUAAGGCCUUUACUAACAAACCAUUAGUAGUAACUUGUUCAACAGUGUUUCAUCCCAUCUCACCCAACACAGCAGGCAGCAGUGAAGCUGCAGUGUGGAGACAGUGGGACUGCUCUUGUUUUGUACUCAUCAUCAAGCAUCUCCCUCGCCUCAUUGACUCUGUGGACCUUAAUCAUCUGCAUAUGUUUACAUUUCAUUUACAAUUUAGUUAUGACCCAAGGUUCCAAAAUGAUUAUAUAUGUCAAACCCAUAUCCGUUUAACAUGAAAAUGUGUAUUAAAUGAAGACGUCUAGUAUUGUUUUUCCCUUUGAUCAAAUGGUGCAGCCAUGAAAAGUGGCAUCUUGGAUUUAUUUCUCAGUGUGUUGCUUAAGCGAGGAAACAAGCAGAUUGUUUGUGUGAGAUUAAGGUACAACUGAAAGUAAUCAGUUUUAAGUUACUGUGUUGAGAAGACUUAAAAUGGUUAAUAAGUGAUGUUUACUAGUGCACACUAUCCAUCCACUCACAGGUCAUUUCAAGAUGGAUUUAAACCUGGGCAGGAAGAAACGGAAGAUUGUUUAUAAAUGUACAAUGACACAGGGCUUAAAUGCUAUUUUAAAGGAAGAUUGUGGUGCAGUACAAGCCAGAGGCCAGAUGUAUAAACGCAAAAAAAAGUGUAGUACUCCUUUUCCCAAACAUAAACUGGUAAAUAUAACGUGCGGUGCGGUGAGAAUGUGCGUACCUAAGCAUACACAUGGGUUUUAAGAGAUGGCUGCAGGUGAAAUGAUGAAAUAUAAAGUUAGAGAUGUAACCGUAGAGUGAAACACUGUGUUUAGGUUGUUUGCCAUCUUCACCGAUCGUGUCAUAAUUUUGCAGUCACACUUAGUUCUGUUAAAUGUUACUCAAAGGCGCUUUUAGAAACUUAAUCUUAAAGAAGAAACAGACCACUCUUCCCCUGCGAGGGCUAUCAGUCGGUAUCUUUGAUGGUGCUGCUGUUGCUGAGACAACCAGGUAAUUUACGUUUCCCUAAGAGUAAUAACACAGACAGAACAAGAGUUUAUUCAUUCAUUUAAUCUAAAGUGGAGCUGUAAAGGUAGAUAGAACUGGUACUAGGCUGCCAGCCUGGCUGGAUCACCAGGCAGCCUUCAUUUUCUGGGGAGAUUUCAUGGUAGACAAAACUGCACAGUGAAAGUGAAGUCUUGUGAACUAAUCUAAAUGCUGAUUAUGUCAUUAUUCUACAGCCAUUAAAGUGUGCCGUUAAUAUUUACGUUAGAAUAAGUCAAGCAAAAAAUGUAUUCUUUAUUGUUAAUUUAAAUAGUACAUCAUUUAGGAAAUUUCACUGACUCCAGAAUCAUAAAGCACUUUCAUUUUAUCAGCAUGAGCUCAAAAGAUUGAUCGCUGAUCAUCCUUCUGACGUUAGAUAAUGAUGACUGAGAUGUUACAACACUGAUGGAUUGCAGGUACAUGUGAUGAAUUAGUGUUAUUGGUGCUCUAAAUAGCCACAGCCCUCUGUAACGUCAUGGGUGAUGUCAUCUUUUCUGAAGCUGUCGGAGAACCUCACAGAUGAAACAGAGUCAGUUCAGCUGCGCUGUCUUCUGUCUUUUUUGCCUUCCAGUUGACAGGUCUAACGAGCGGUGGAACAUAAACACUUUAAACAGAUAUCUAGAUGUUUUUGCAUCCAAUUUCUGAUACUUGUUGGAGUGGAAAUGAAGCUCCUGCCUGUUUCCACAAUGAUUAAGAGUCAUUAGAGAUGUUCCUAUAACAUUAACUGAUACUGAUUCCGAUACUCUUUAUACCUGUAUCGACGGAUAAAGAGUAGUGUUUCACUACCAGUGUGUUUCACAGUAUAUAUUAUUUCAGUCAGCUUUGUACUAACCCUAUAUAGGUUUUCGUAAAGUACGUAUUUAUGGUUACACAGGUUGCUUGUUAUUCAUGGAUGCCUUGUGCUGUAAAAAAAAAUCUAUCAAGUUGCCUACAGUUUGCUGUCAAGUGACAGGGCCCCAUUUCCAAUAAAUACAGUUCUGUGGUAUCAGAUGGAUACAUAGACGUGUGUAUUCUCCAAUUAUGAUUAGAGAUUUUCAGGCGGUAUAACAGACAUUUCUGAUAUCGGUAUUGUUAACGGAACAACCCAAAGAGUCAUAACCUGUCAGACAUCACAUGAUCAUGUGAUCUUGCAAGUCCGGCUUGACUUCCAGACUGAGUGCAUAAUACUAAGAUAAUUCCCUUAUUGUUUAUUAAAGGGAAUUACCUAUUUCACUGAACUUGGGUUGUAGUUUUGUCCAUCGUUGUUAUUAGCAAUGAUAUAGCCCUUACCAAGUUGAUAGCUUGAGAACAUGCUGACCGAAAGGGUUUUUAACAAACCCACAUGUUAAACACACAUAGUUGGA